AAAUUAAAUUAUACCAUAAAUAAAUAAAUAAAUAAAUGAAUAUGCCGUCUCCGAAAUGCAUUGCUGGCUUCUCUUCUGCGCUCAUCUUCUCUCCUUCUCCGUUCAUCGUCUAGGGUUUUCUCUUUCUCUCUCUCUCGAAAAUUUCAGUGUUCGAGGGUUUGGUAUCCUCGGAAUUUCAAUUAUGCAGGGGUUUGGAUUAGUUUUUUGCCAUUUCAUUCUAAUCAGAUAGGGUUUCGGUUAUUCUCCUGCGUAUAUCUGUGCUGAGUUCUCUCUCUUUUUUCUCAUAAUCUCAUUUGUUUUGGUUUUUGAUUUUGUACUUAUCUUUGUUGCUCUGAGUAUCCACCUCUGAAUCGCCAUUUUUGUUCUGUGUCGCUUCUAUCUGGUGUUCUUCCCCCCCUCCCCCCAUUUUGCUCUUAGAUUUGCGAUAUCCUCGCGUGCCCUAAUUUUCUAGGUUCUUGUUGUUAGCGACCAUGCCUCUGUUGCACAAACCGAGCAGACCGAGCCUCAGCGGCAAGGAUGCGGAGAGUUCCGAGAUGAUUUCGAGCAGUCUGUGGGUUGGUAACUUGUCGAUCGAGGUUACGGAGUUGGAUCUAAUGGGUUUGUUUGCGAAGUAUGGUGCGCUUGACAGCAUUAUAUCGUACUCGGCACGAAGCUACGCAUUUGUGUACUUCAAGCAUGUGGAGGGCGCUAAGGUGGCUAAGGAUGCCCUUCAGGGUACUGUUGUGCGGGGGAUCCCGAUUAAGAUUGAGUUUGCGAGACCGGCUAAACCGAGUAAGAUUUUGUGGGUGGGUGGAAUUAGCCAAUCUGUAUCAAAAGAACAAUUAGAAGGAGAAUUCCUAAAAUUUGGUAAAAUUGAAGACUUCAAGUUCUUUAGGGACCGCAAUACUGCAUAUGUUGAUUAUUUUAGAGUGGAAGAUGCUUCUCAAGCAAUGAAAAACAUGAAUAUGAAGCAUAUAGGCAGUGACCAGAUACGUGUGGAUUUCCUCAGAUCACAACCUUCAAGAAGAGAGCAGUGGUCCGGCUUCCAUGAUACCAGGGAUGGCCAGUUGUUCAAUAGGAACAUGGGGCCUCCUGGCUCGCCUUGGGUGAGUCAAGAUUUUAGCAGGAAUUACUCAGAGCCCACCCAUUCUGGAUCGAAAAGACCACAGCCUUCUCAGUCUUCAGGGGUGCGAAAAUUAGAAGGGCAACCAAGUAAUGUAUUGUGGAUAGGUUAUCCUCCCUCUCUGCAGAUUGAUGAGCAGAUGCUGCAUAAUGCAAUGAUUUUGUUUGGUGAGAUUGAGAGAAUUAAAAGUUUUCCAUCUAGGCAUUAUUCGUUUGUUGAAUUUAGAAGUGUUGAUGAAGCGAGGCGUGCCAAAGAAGGCUUGCAGGGGCGCCUGUUCAAUGAUCCUCGAAUUUCAAUUAUGUUUUCAAGUAGUGAUUUUGCACCCGGCAAAGACUAUGGUUUUUAUCCUGGAAUCAAAGGGCCUAGGCCAGACAUGUUCGUCAAUGAACUUCCAUUUCGGCCUACACAGAUGGAUAUCUUUGGUAACAAUCGUCCAGUCGUGCCAAACAGUUUUCCUGGGCCACUGCCACCCAGUGGGAUGCCCGGGGCAAAUAUGCUGACGAGACCUUUUGGUCCUCAAGGUGGUUUUGACCCUUUACUUCCAGGACCAGAAUUCAAUGAUUUGGCUAACCACAGCAGUCUGAUGGGUCCAAAUUGGAGGAGGCCAUCUCCUCCUGCUCCAGGGAUUCUCCCUCCUCCUGCAUCAGGCAUUAGGCCAAUAGUUAGGCCUAAGCUGCCUGGUCCUUGGGAUGUACUUGAUGCAAACCAAUUUCAAAGAGAAUCUAAACGUUCGAGGAUAGAUGGUCCUUUGUUAAUUGAUGACGCUUCUUAUCCUCCAAGAAAGGUGGAGAAUCAGGGUUUUGGUUUGGACCAAUCAUAUGGGCUUGGUACACAACUUGAGACUGGUGUGUUGGGACCACCUGCAAAUGUGCAAGGGAAGAAUAACUUUAGUCCAGCAGAUGCAAGAGUCAUAGCUGGAGGACUUGGGAGGGGGCGUCCUGAUAAUGAUUAUAUAUGGCGUGGGAUAAUUGCUAAGGGUGGGACGCCUGUUUGUAAUGCUCGUUGUGUUCCUUUAGGGAAGGGGUUAGAAUCUGAGCUUUCUGAAGUUGUUAAUUGCUCAGCCAGAACAGGAUUGGAGCUGCUUACAAAGCACUAUGCUGAGGCUAUUGGAUUUGAAAUUGUUUUCUUUUUGCCAGACAGUGAAGAGGACUUUGCUUCUUACACAGAAUUUCUUCAGUAUCUGGGUUCAAAAAAUCGGGCUGGUGUUGCCAAGUUGGAUGAUGGGACAACCUUAUUUUUGGUGCCUCCAUCAGAAUUUCUAACAAAUGUUUUAAAUGUAUCUGGUCCUGAACGUCUCUAUGGUGUGGUUCUUAAGAUGCCACAAGAAGCCCCUAGUAGUUCAUCGACACAGCAACAGAUGCCCAAUUCCAUUCCUUCAUCACAGUAUGUUGGCAGACAGCAAGCUCCCCCUUCACAAAUUGAUUACAGUCUAGUUCCUCAAAAGCACGAGCAAACACCGCGAUUGGACUAUAAUGGGGUUCUGCCUGUGGAACCAAAGGUUCCUCCAAAGCCCCAUCUUCCACCUGCUAGUGAGAAUUCUACAGUCCUGCCAGCUCCUCAUGAAUACUCAUCAACUAAUACUGCAGCAGUGUCACAAAGUGGAGUUGCUUUAACACCAGAACUUAUUGCAACCCUAGCUUCUCUAUUACCUGCGAAUGCACAGUCUUCUGAAAGUGGGCAUGCACCUUUGGGCUCUUCUACCUUAAGGCCUUCAUUUGCGGCUUCUGUUACACCAGAUAAAGGAAGUCUCCCACAGGGGUGGAAACAAGAAUGUGAAGCCCCUGAGCAAACAGUUCAUCCGUCACAACAGCUGGGGAAUCAGUUUAAUCCUCAGUCACACUUUCCACCCCAGUUUCAGACGUACCCAACUGUUUCCAACACAUCUAGCCACUCUGCUCAAGUGGUCCUUGGCAGCACCCAAAUGCAGGAUUCUGGUUUCAACCUGCCUCCAUCUGGUGCGCUUACUUCUAGGCCUUCACCUAAUUUGACAAAUUCUUCGCAAAAUGGACAGUUUGCAGCUCUUCCGCCGGCCAACCAGCCAGGCUAUGGAAUGCCACUUGGAUCUGAGGGAGCUGGAUUUUAUGGAUCACCUGUCUUUCAGCAACCUAAAAAUCCUGUUCCUAUGUCUAAUCAUGUUCUCAAUAAUCCUUCUCAAGCGCAAACUGUCAUGCCCUUGGCACCUGACAGGGUGAAUUCAGAGAUUCCAAAUCAAGUUCCGCAGCCUCAGUCUGCACUUUAUGGAGCUGGUCCUGGCACUACUGAGGUUGAAGCUGAUAAGAACCAGCGGUACCAAUCAACACUACAAUUUGCAGCUAGCCUCCUCCUCCAGAUACAGCAGCAGCAGCAGCAGCAGCAGUCACAGACAAGUACUCAGGCAGGGCAAGGAUCUGGAAAUCAGCAGUGAGAUCUCCUUUCUCGCCCAGGAUGCUGAGAGGGGAAGGACAUGGUCAUUUUAUGAUAUUCAAAACUGUUUUGGGAGUUUCUUUGUUAAGGAAGAUUGAAGCAUUUGGACCUGCAUCAUCUAUGUUCCUGUUUUGGGGUUUAGAAGAAUAUGGUCAGUUAAAAGUAUUUUCCUGUAAUCUAGUUAUGGCUGCUUGUUGUUCAUAGGAUGAUUUGAGAUUGGUAGAAUCUCUUUUGGGAGCUCUUAUGAAAUUGUGCUUUCUCUAGAACCAUUGAACGUCUAGGUAAAUCUAUUUGGUUGUUUGGUCUUAAGGUUCUUCUAGUCAAAAUUUAUGUUCUCUUCCUCGUGCAAUGCUGUGCAUGAGAUUGGUUGGUUUAUGAUUUUAUUGGGCAUGAAGUUGUCUCUGUUGAUGGUAGUUUAAGUAAUUUGUAUUACACCGUUGAUUUCUUUGUUUUGAGCAUCAUGUUUUGCAUGCUUUAUAUAGGGCAAUUGAAGGUUCAAACAGUAUAUUGAGAUUGUUUUCUAUGUCGUGAACAUUUUGAAACCAUCAUGUAAAUCUAUUAUCUCUGAAAAUAGAUGCAAAUUUAUCCUUUGGUGCGGUGUUGGAUAUUUCAACUCCUUUUGUCUAGGCAUGGAACUAGGCUGUGUGUGAAUGGAUCUACCAAACUGAAAAUAUACUCCUACAUUUGUGUCUCAGACCAUAAAAAGAAUUGGAUUAAGGAAUAAUAGGUCCUGAGCCCAAUACAAUUGAAAAUAAUUAAUUAGGAUAUAUUUUUUUAGGCAUCUUGUUUUUAAUUUGUGUCUUAGGGUUUUUUUUUUUUAAAUUGAUAAUAAGGGGUUUAUUUGAAAUUUUAUUUAUUUAUGGUUUUUCUGUAUAAACAGGCAGGUUAUAUUGUUGCAGAGAGAUUGGUGAAUUUGAAAUUGAAAAGUUAUGUAUCACCCUUCCUCCUUUAUUUAUUCUCCUCCUCUCCCUUCUUGAUGCCGAUUAUUCAGCUUCAGAGCCCAAAUUUAAUACUGCUUCCCAACCAUCCAUCGUCCCUUCUCUCAUUCUUUCCCUUCCUCAUUAUUUGCUUCAAUUUCCAGUCUUUCCGCAAUCUCCCUUAACAAGCUCUCACAUAGGAAAAUCCCGUUAUGGAAUAUAACAAAAUCUCCAUCUGAGGCCCUUUUCCAUCACUCGUUUAUAUUCCAGAUCUCUGGCCUUAAUCAAUAAACAUCCUCUCAUUAUCAUUCAGAGUAAAUUUUUUUAAAAAAAAUUAAAAAAUUAUUGUCCCUCAUAAUUUCCACUGCUAACCCUUUUCUGAAGUUCCAUUGCUGGAAAACACUACAAAUUUUUUCAUCUGCUGCAAAAAGUUCCUCCUGUCACGGCAUCUCCUUGUUGCCUAUCCUGCUGAGGCUUUUCUUGAUUGCCAAUCCUGGUGAAUUUCUAAGUGCACCACCAUGGUUGUUGUGUUUGUCACCUUAUUUUCCAGAGCACCAAAAAUCAGCAUUAAAAGUCAUGGGAAAAUGCCACAAGUAUCCCAUGCAUGUGGCAACCUUCAUGUGCCACUGUCGCAGCAGAUUCCCUUGCUCCCUCUCUUUCACGUUUCUGCUCCAUUGUUUUCUAUCCACAUUUUUUCCUAGCAAACGUGGCCUGAUCAAUCUUUGCUUGACCCAUCUAAGCCCAGCCAGAUUUUUAAAAUAAUAAAUAAAUUGAAGAAGCAAACCUUCACAUAAACAUCAUCCUAAUUAAUUAUGCCUAAAUCUAUUGGGUUCAGGAUCCAGUGAAUCCUCCUGAAUCAGCCUCUAAUGAGGAUCCAUGUCUGGCUUCUUGUUCUGCAUCACCAAGAUAGUCUUGAAAUUAAUAAUUUCUAAAAUAUAUUGAAGACACAAAAAGUGGAUGUCCAAGGACCUUAAACCUUUAGAUGGAAAUAUCAAUUAUCUAAUAGGCGAUCUGGUGAUGAUGUAAGGUGUGAUGCUCUCAUGCCUUCUGUGGGUUUGACUUGAUUCACAUUAUGAAAUUUAGAAUCAUUUUGCGAAAAUGUGCGCCGCUUCUUGGGUUCUUGCUUUUUAGUUUACUUGAAUUUAUGUAGAGUUUUAUAGUCAUGUUAGACCUAAAGGUAUUUGUGAAUCUUGUAAUCAUUUGUCACAUAUAAUAUGGUGACUAGAUUUUAGUUGUGACCUGUUCAACUUAAUAAUUCACAAAUCAUUUGACUUAUUCUCAUUUUUGGGUAAUUCUAGAGUGUAUUUUAACUUCUUUUCUCAAAUUCUUAUUUGUCUUUGCUUUCCCAAAUUCUUACCUAAAUUUAUUCCCAAAAUUUCACUAUGUUAUUCUUAAAAGAUUAUUGCAUACCUUUACGGUUCUCAAUUUUCUUUUGGAUUUCCCCGCUUUCCCUAUUUUCUAAAUGAAUCAAAAUUUUCAUUUGGAAAGAGAGUUGAAUUUUGAAUGCCCUGCCAUCGCUCAUAUCAGGCGGCAUGUCAUUGCUUUUGGGGAAUAUGUGGUAGAUUUCAAGGUUCACUAGGUUGAAAAUAUGCUCCACUGUCCUUAGUAAAGGUUAUUUUUGUGCACGGUAGAUGUCAGAACCAAAUGGAACACUCCUUGGGUUAUAUGAGGAUACUUCGGUAUGGUACUUUAUCCAUAUAUGGAACAUACAAGAAUGAAAGAAUUUUUUUCAUCGACCUCAAUGGCCUCCUUAAGCCCCCUCUAAUUGGAGUUUUGUUUACUUAGUCCAAUGGUAGGGAAACUCUUUUUUCAAGGAUUGCAGAAGCCUUGCUGAAGCUUCUUGUAAGAUUUACCUGUGUCCGUUUUCCUAUCGUUGACACUUAGGAAACUAGGUGAGGCCAACCCCUUUUGGCUUUAAAAACACGUGGCUGAAGCAUGAUGGUUUCAAAAAAUGAAGUCUAAGAUAUGCUGGUCUACCUACCAAGUUGAAGGCCACGCUUGUUUCAUCCUUUCUUGCUUCCAAGCUGAAGGGGUUCAACAAAAAACUGAAAUUUUCAAACAAGGACACCUUAUGAGACAUUUUUUUGAAGAAAGAAGCCAUCCUUAUGGACGAUAAAGGGGUUGAUGACAAAUAGGUUGCAAAAGGUCUAUCAUUUGAACAUAAAACGAAAAAAUCUCUUUAAGAAAGAACCUCUCUCUUUCUCAUUUAGUAUUUUUAAAAUGGAAGAAAUUGCUGGGGGACAAAAUUCUAGAGCUCUCUGGCUUGAAGAUAAGGACUGAAACACUGUUCUGCCACCAAACAGAAACCUCUCACAGAAGAUUCAAUUCUAUAAAUCAGGUGGAAAUUGAAGUGGAGAUCUUGAAAGAGGAAAAAGUUAUUAAAGGUGCGUUUGUAAAUUUUAUAAGAACCUAUACACCAACUUAGCCUCUUGGAGACCAAAGUCUGAUGGAGUCAAUUUUAUAAAAUAAGUGCAGCCCUUGCUUUUUGGCUGGAAACUUCUUUUAAUUAAGUGGGGAAUUAUUCUUGCUCUUAAGGAAUGCAGUGGAGAUGAAGCCUUCACACCUCGUAGUUCCACUAUGGCUUUCUUUUAAGACAAUUGAGAUAUCCUUAAAUUUGACAUUAUCAAGACAUUUGAUGACUUUCACACCUUUGGCAAAAUCCUGGAUCACUAAUUUAACUUUUAUUGCAUUGAUUCUGAUGAAGGUUCUGGCUGGCAUCAUCAAGGACUUCUGGCCCAUAAGCUUGGUGGGAAGUGUUUACACACUUAUCUCUAAGGUGCUCACCUUGAGGCUCAAGAAAGCGGUCCCAUAUGUUAUAGAUAAGCAUAAACAUGCUUUUGUUGAAGGGAGACAAUUUAUGAAUGCAUCCUUAAUUACCUCAGAAGUAGUGGACUCACAUUUAAGAUGGAAAAGGGGGACUACAUAUGGAUAUAGCUUUUUAUCAUGUGACCUGGUACUGGGAGUUCCUUCUUUAUAUCCUUAAAAGAUUGAGUAUCGGGGGCUUGUGGUGCAAGUGGAUCAAGCAAUGCAUCACCAUGCCAACAUUCUCCAUUCUUAUCGGCUGUUGCCCUCUGACCCUUUGGUGAUUUGAGAUGAUGGGAUCUAGUCUCAUCUUUGCUCUUUAUCCUAGUUAUCAAGGCCCUUUUUGUGUUUCUAAAUAAAGUUCCAAGGUGGGUAUCUUCAGGGGACUCCAAAUUGGUAGAAAUAACUUGGAGACAGAAAUUUUUCAUGUCCUCUUUGCAAAAGACACCAUUUUUUUGUGGGGCGGAUCAGCAGCAUAUUAUGAAUUCAAGAUGUGUCUUUUUUUGCUUUGAGGGAAAUUUGGGAUUUUAAAUAAAUCUAGGUAAAAACGAGCUUAUCCCUAUUGAAAAUGUUCCUGAUGUUUCUUCCCUUGCAGGAAUAUUGGGGCUGUGAGAUGAGGCCUUCCCUAAUCUUGGGCUACCAUUGGGAGCUAAGUAAUAAGUACAAAAGGAAAAGAAUUUUUGGGAUCCUAUCAUUGAUAAAUUUGAGAAAAAACUUGCAGUUUGGAAGAGAAAUUACCUAUCAAAAGGUGGAAGACUCACCCUCAUCAUGAGAGCUCAAAUCCCCCAGUGUGCCACAUGUCCCUCUUCUCCAUCCCUAGCUUGCUGGCUAAAAAACUGGAAGAUACUCAAAAAAGAUUCCUUUGGGGCAGAAGAGGAGUAUGUUUUUUAAUACCACUUUGUCAAAUGGAAGGUUGUCAAGCAACCCUUUCAUUCAGAGAGUUAGGUAUGGAAUUGCUUGGUGUGUUCAGCAAAGCUUUACUAGCAAAUGGCUAUGGAGAUUCAUGGAGGAGAAAUAUUUCUACUAGGGAAUAAUCAUUGUUGCUAGGAUCUCCAGAGAAACUGAUGAGCCUCUGGAAGUGGAUUAGGACAGAUUGGGAUAAGUUCUUUCUGUAAUCAGUUUUACUGUGGGUAACAAAAGGCGACAUCGUUUUCUGGCAUGAUAUUUAGUGUGGAUUGUGGAACAUCUCAUCGUUGCACCCAAUUGCCUAACCUCUUUCAGCUUGGCAUGGGAUAGAGAUGCGCGGAUUGGUUUGUUUCCUAUGUUUCUAUGAACAUAACAAUUUUAGUGAAUUCUGAAGACUGGAAACUUGACCACUACACUGAUUUUCUUGGCAUAAUUUAUGGCAGUGCCCCCUCCCAACUGUAAUUCAAAUGAUCCUAGGUGGACCCUAAACAAAAUGGCAUAUUUCCUGUGAGUUCAUAUUAUAAGAAAUCAAAUUCUAAAGCGGAUAUCGAUCUCACAUUUCCAUGUGUAGCCAUUUAGAAGACUCCAUUUCACACCAAAGUUUUUUUUUUUUUUUGGUGUGGAGAGCUGUUUGGGGGAAGUUCUUAUUGUCAAUGAACUUAAAGAGGGGCCAAACUCUGGUUAAUAGGUGCUACUUGUGUGAGAAUGAUGCUGAAUCCGUUGAUUAUAUCCUCUAUUUUUUAUGGACAAGAAACUUUUGGAAUAUUGCUCUUAGCUAUUACAUGGCAUCUGUGGGCCACGUCCAAGAUAGAGGAAAAGGAACUUUGGGCUUGGAAGAGAUCAAAGAGAGGAGAACAGUUACAUCCCCAAUUCCCCUCACCAACUUUUGGACCUUGUGGAAAGAAAGGAAAGAAGGGCUGCCACUCAUCAUGCUUGAGGAUAGAUGGCUGUUCAAUCGUAUUUCUUGGAUUAAGGCCUGUUAUGUGCAUGAUACUUUUGCACCUCCUUGGCGCCUCUAAAAGAAAUCUCCCUUUUUACUAAUAACAGAUGUUUGUGUAGGGUGUUCAUUAAGGAUAGCCAUCUCUUAAUGACUCAUGAAAAGAAUGAGCUCACUCAAUUCUGAAUAUUACUGUAGCAGCACAAUACAUGUAAUCAUGUUUUGCUUUGUGGCUAGGAAUGAAUGCUAGUUAGUCUCAUCUUCCUCAUCUCUAUGCAUCUUCAUCUCCAUUCCUAUGGUUGGUACUGCAUGCACCAUCUUAGUAGGCUGAAGGAGAACCUGUCAUUUUCUUGUGCAUGAACUUGCACUUGGUGUAAUUGAAAUAAAUUUAACAGGUCCUUCUGAAUUAGUCAUUGUCCAACCAUCAUUAUCAUAAUUGCUUGCUUUAGGUGGAAUUAUUCAAAAAGGAGAGUAAGGAAAAUUAACUUGAAAUUUCAAUAAUGCGUAAUCAAUAAAAGUGAGUAAAAUAUAAUUUCCUUUCCUGUACUAUUAGUUUCAUUUUGGGAUUUCCUUGUACUCUUCUAACCUUGGUCUGAUGCUUCUCUUAAAAUAAAAAAGAGAGGGAGAAUACCAUGAGUAUUGAAGAUUUGUGUCUCGCCAGUGACUUGAUUGAAACAAUAGGUGUGAUAAGCCGAUAAAUUUGAGCAGAAAAUGAGGCACCAGCUGAUUGGUGAACAAAAAUGUACAGCAAAUUCUAAUUUGAGGAAAUAAAUUUAAGUCAAGGUAAGUUGCAAAAGGGGAUUCAUUUAGUCUGUCCAAAUAGUUGGGUAAAGGCUUUUUUGUUGUGAAAAAUUGUAGGCUGCUGCUGCUUUUGUUGUUCUUAGUCUACAGAAUAUAAAUUUAAUUAUAUGAAGAAGAAAA